CUCGCGUCACUUCCGGCCAAUAUCACAACGACCGGAAGUGCAGAGUGUUCAUUGAAUGAAAGUGAGGAGCAAACUUCAUUCGACUUCAUCAAUUGUCGUUGCUGAAGAGCAUAUUUUAAUAGGGAACCUUGAUCGUCAGAUAUAUUUAACGAGGGCUGUGUGUGCAUGCACUUGCCAUCUGCAACCGGUGAAGCGUAUGCGCUGGUCAGCGCAUCUUUGUGAGCACACACACACAGCAGCAGUCCACGGGGUGUAUGUAGGCACGAGGAGACGCUUGCAGUCAUGUCUGUAUCGGUGAUCAUAAAGUGGGGCGGUCAGGAGUACUCCAUACGUUCUCUGUCAGAGGAGGACACCAUAAUGGACCUUAAACAGUCGAUUAAGUCCUUGACUGGCGUGCUGCCAGAGAGACAGAAGCUCCUGGGUCUCAAGGUGAAAGGUAAACCAGCAGAGGACGUGGUAAAGCUGGGUUCUCUGAAGCUCAAGCCCAACACCAAGAUCAUGAUGAUGGGCACCAGAGAGGAGGGUCUGGAAGAGGUGUUAGCCCCACCUCCAGAGAACGAUGAUGUGGUCAACGACUUUGACAUUGAGGAGGAAGUCAUCGAAGUGGAAAACAGAGAGGAGAACCUAGCUAAAAUCGCCCGGAGAGUGAAGGACUACAAGGUGGAGGAGCUGAACCCUCCUAGAGAAGGCAAGAGACUCCUUGUGUUGGACGUGGACUACACACUGUUCGAUCAUAAGUCCUGCGCUGAGACGGGUCAAGAGCUGAUGAGACCUUACCUCCACGAGUUCCUGACGUCUGCCUACGAGGACUACGACAUCGUGAUCUGGUCUGCUACAAGUAUGAAGUGGAUUGAUGCCAAAAUGAAGGAGCUUGGAGUCAUUGACAACCCAAACUACAAGAUCACCUUCAUGCUGGACAGUGCAGCCAUGAUCACCGUGCACACACCCAAGAGAGGCGUAGUGGAGGUGAAGCCGCUGGGCGUGGUUUGGGGCAAGUACGAGGAGCUGUACAGCAGGAAGAACACCAUCAUGUUCGACGACAUCGGACGCAACUUCCUCAUGAACCCGCAGAACGGCCUGAAGAUACGACCCUUCAUGAAGGCCCAUCUCAACAGAGAGAAGGACAGAGAGCUGUAUAAACUAGCUCAGUACCUGAAGGAGAUCGCCAAGCUGGAGGACUUCACCGGACUGAACCACAAACACUGGGAAAGGUACUUGUCCAAGAGGCAGAACCACUGAUGACCAGGGAGCGGACACACACACACACACACACACGCACACGCACACAUAGCACACUCACAGACGUAUAGCACACUCACAGACAUGUCACCUCACAGGACUGAGAUGGGCCUCCUAUAUUCCUGCUGUUUGUCUCUCUCUGUGUGUUCUUAAGCAUAAUUCAUGAGUAAUUCCCAUCAACGCUUAUUACAAAGGGACUCAUGUGGGGAGGAGCCUGUAGCCACAGGGGUAGCAGUGGGUCUCGAAGCACAGCAGGUGUGUGUAAGAUAAGACAACAGGUACGUGCGUGACGACAACACUAACUGCUCUGUAAACUUAUGCAAGCAGCUACACGGUCCUUUAUGGGAAAGUAAAGGCUGAUAGUUCAGCUUAACAGCUGGACGUCUACACUGGCGUUGUUGUUUCACCAGUAGAAAACCAAUCCUAUGAUUUUAUAGGGGUUAGAAUAAGCUAGUUAUUAACCAAUAUUUAUGUAUGCCAACUGUAAACGUAUCAUCAUGAAGCAUAUCAAAAAGAGGGAUUGUCGAGUUUCAUAUAAAGGUGGGCAUAUAAUGUACCGAAAUGUACCUAUGCAUCCUUUUUUUUUCUUUUUUUUUUUGUACUUUUCCAAAAUCAGUUUUUGUGUUGCAGAUUGGCCGUUCUUUCAGUCCUAUGGUUUACAUUAGUCCGUGAUGGGUUUGUGUGUUCAAGUAUCAAAGCGAACUGCACCGCUUGACCUACAAACGCAAAGCAACCAACAUUUGUGUGUGUGUGUGUGUGUGUUGGGGGGGGGGGGGGGGGGGGGGUUUAAAGGACAAGGCUGGAGUUGCCAUAAUGCUUUCCUCCUGCUUUAAAACCACGGUCUGUCUUGCAAUUUGCAAAAAGACUUGUAUUUUGGACUUCUUUGUAUUGUCAAGAGGAACAUGUGUAAAAAGACAUCAUCACCAUCACAGAGACGCAGUGCUGCUUUUGGCAGCAGGAUGCAUCGUUUCCCUGAAAUCGUUUUCGUUCUCUGCCUCGGUCACCUUUACCUGGGUGUUUAGGGGAAGAGAUCUUGGCCAACCAGAGCACUGAGGUCACCCAACACACACGAGCUAGCGGCGUGAGCAGGCACAAAGCAGUGUUUCUUUUGAACAUUUCAAUUUCAAUGUGUCCUUUUUUAAAUAUCGGACUCAUCCGUUAAUCAGCUUGUGUUUGUACAUAUAUGUAUGUAUACGUAUGUAUAAACGCAUUUGCAUCACUAACAGGUCCUAGUAAAGGGUGUGCAGGGGCAGCCCAGUAUACGUUUAACAAUGUGUGAGAUGAGUGUUACAUCCUGUGUUACUAAGAUAGUUGAACCUCUUGGAUUCACACCAAUGUAAGAGCUGCUUUUUAUUUUCAGUAUUUUUUCGGCCUCUUUGUGUAUCUCUGAUCCUCGUUUUGGCUGUAAAUACAAAAAUAAAAUUUUGUACUAAAACAAAUGAA